ACAGUCAGGAAGCUGUGACGCAAGGCGGAGCCCGGGCUCAGGUGCCCACCCGCAGGACAAGGACUUCCUCUGUGGUCCUUCCACCAAAACAUCUGGGCUCCUCCACCUCCCCAAGCCCAAAUGGCCAUGCAGGUCAAACACUGGCUCUGAAGUGGGCAGGGCCCCCAUGGAGGAUGGCCAUUGGAGCUCAGGCAGCGUCCCCGCCGGCACCUGCCUCUUUGUGCAGUGGCAAUCAGGGACCUCGGUAAUGAGCUGAACUCACAGUGCAGUUACGAGGGCAAAUAUGCUCCUUGAGGGCCAGCGAAACUCAGUGGCCCGAGGAAGGCUACUUAUGUCCAUUUCAUAGCCGGCUGCGAAUUUAGGAAAACAGACUUUGCUUCUCGUCACUCAGCCCACGUGACCAGGUUCGGACACAGUCUGCAGCUGCCCGGCUCGCACCCCCACUCUGCAGUGCGGUAUGUGGGGAGCUCAGGGCACAGCAGGCCAGGCCUCCCUGUGGACGUCCAGGAACCAGAACCAAACUGCCCAGGGCCCCAAAGGGGAAGACGUCUCAGCAGACAGACAGCCGAGGCUCACACGGCAAGCUCUGGCAGCCUGUCGAUCCCAGGAGAGAGGGGCAGGUGGCAGACAGGAAGAGAAACCACCUGCUGGGAUGCUGAGACUUGCUCGCAGGAGCUUUCGGAACUGGCUGAGGUCAGCUGGGACCAAUGUGGCCAGCUGGAGUCUGCACAGCCCGAGUUUCUACCCCGGGGUCCCAGUAACUCCGCCCGAAUGUGCACACGAGACCCAUGAGGAGGCACAACUUUCCAGAACCCCCUUUUCUUCCACCAGCCACUUACUAAUCCAAGAACCCACCCUCGAACCUUCCCUAAUAGAAACACUGCAUUAAAGCCAGCACGGGGAGACAGACAUGAACUGCGCCCCUGUCCCUUGUGGGUUGGCCUAGAAUAAAAGCUUUUCUUUUCUCAAAAA